CCGAAAGUUUUGUGAUUAGCAACACUGGUUUGUUACUUUACAUUGGUUGUACCGCGCACGUUGUCUGUGGAUGUGAAUUAUAUAAAUAAAAUCAAAACUGUGAAAGAAAUGUACGCUCUACUGCGCCGCCUUGCGAGCGCCUCCAUCACUAACGCCUCCAGUCCAAGCCUAGUACGGAGCUAUGCUUCAUUCACGGUGCAGGAUGUGUUGCGCGAAAUACCGGAGGAGACUGGCACGCUGCUCAAUCGAUUCGCCAAGCACAUCGCCGUAGAGAGAUAUAAGUGUGAGGAUCACGUGUUGUCGCCCUCAAAGAUACGCUACUCCGACUACUUUCCCAUAACGGAUGAACGUUACUUCCGCCGCACGGUGCAAAAGACUCAAGCCGAUCAACUGCCAUCCCUGAUUAUAUACGCCUCCAGCUAUCGCUCCAAUGCAGCGGUUCCAAUGUAUGCCGCUGCUUUGAAUGCUCUGGAUGCACAAGCGACAGCACAAUUGAAUCAGAUGGACACAACAACUGUGUUGGAAACACUGUACGCAUUUCUGUUUCUCAUUCCCAACUGGCUUAGAAGGACGGAUUUCUAUCAUGCAGCGAUGCGGCGACUGGCCGGACAGUCCAGUAGUAGUAAGCAACGUUUUCUGCAAGUCUGUUUCUACCUCGGCCUACAGAAGCAAUACCAACAGAACGAUCUGGAGACGUUCCUGACCACACAGUUGGCCGAUCAUUUGGCCAGCUGCAGUCCGUUGGAUUUGGCCGUGGUUAGCAAUGCCUCCUAUAAAACGUCUACUGUGGUUACAGGCGCUGUGCGUGAUGCUUACGAGGCUGCACUAAUUGAAGCCACUUUAAAUCUUAAGCUUGACCCGGAGAACUCUUCGGAUGCUCUGCUUGUUUGCUAUGUCAAGGCCUUACGUCUACAGCGCGUGCAGGAUGAACGCAUCUGUAAUUAUCUGCAGGACAUUUGCCUGAAUCCCGCAGAGCUUUCGCUGCUGCAGCCGCGUGGCUUGGCUCAUAUCUUUGCCUACUUCUCUGAGAUGAAGUGGGAUCAUCCAGAAACCGUUCAAUCGAUUGUUGCCCGAUUAAUGCAAUUGAAACCCAGCGAAUUACGUGCCAAGGACUUGUCCACAUUCCUCUGGUGUUGUGCACAACUUAAUUGUACCUUAAAUGCCACUCAACUCAAGCAAUUGGAGUUGUUUGCUCUGCGGAAACUGGAUCACGGUGAAUACGAUCGCUUCCCCGACCAAUUGGUGGACACAUGUCUCUCACUCUGCAUUCUGGGCCAUCAUUCCAAGCAGCUCUUUGAUGCUGCCGAAGAACUUAAGGCUAAUCAGCGCCAGCGUCAGCGUGCCCAGCCCAAAGUGGACAGUCGUCUGAUUGUUCUACGCUCUGCAGUUGCCAUCGAGCAUCCCGAAUGGGCGGAUAUGAAGAAGGAACAGAUCUUUAAGGAAUUCGCACGUGCACCUGGCUAUUUGCUGAAACAACGGGAGGAUCUAACAACGUAUGCUAACCAGCUUGGCCAGGAUGCCCAAGUGGAAGGUGUGGAUCUGGUGUGUCCCAUUGUGGGCAUCAAUUUGCCCAGUCUGCGAGUCCAGACGCUUGGCGAGCAGGCAACCGUCUAUUUCGUAGAGUUGUUAACUCCAGAGCAGACACUGAAAUUCAGUCAAGCAGCGACAUCUCUGAUACGACUCAAACGACGACUUUUGGAAUCGCUGGGACAUCGCGUGGUGCUGCUGCACUCUGGAGCGAUGGCAACCAAUGCACAGGCGCUGCAGCAACUUUUGGAGCAAACAACUGCAGCUGGGAAUGAGGAGACGCCGCAAGUGCAAGGCUUGAAAAAUUGAAACGUGUGAUAUAUAGUAUGCAUAUAGAAUCUACGUCCCGUAGCUUUAAUAACCAAGUUUGUAACGUAAUUAAUUUAAUAAAAAUAACACUAAA